AUGCUAACACAAUCGCCUCCAGCUUCACCACCAAACCCCCAAUCUUCAACAACAACAACAACAGCACCACCACCUUCUUCACCUCCAAACGCAAAACGCCCCUUGUACCUCACUUUCCCUACCGCGCUCGCCCUAACCCUCUUCGCCUUCACAGCCGGCUUCACCAUGUCGGGCAGCCCCGCCAUCCCCUCAAUAACCGCGCUCGCAAACCCCCCCACAGACGCCGAAACCCUAACCAUCUACCACCCAACCACGCCCUCUGAAUCCGAAAUCGAGACCCUCAUCCAAACACACCCACUCACGCAAUCCCUCCUCUCAGACCUCCGCUACACGGCCUCGCGCCCGCACUUGAAAAUCCCCGAGCCCUUACGCCCCCAAAACCUCACGGGGGGCACUCUCCUCGGCGCAGAUAAAAUCGCCGUUCCACCACUUCAAUUCGCAACUCAAGACGGCUCCAGCUAUGUGAGUUUGCAAUACUUGGGUCCCGCGUUGUGCGGGCACCCUGGUAUCGUGCAUGGAGGGUUGCUGGCCACGCUGCUGGAUGAAGGGCUUGCGAGAUGCUGUUUACCUGCGUUGCCGAAUAAGGUGGGUGUCACGGCGAGUUUGAAAGUGGAUUAUAAGGCGCCGUGUUUGGCGGGUCAGGUCGUGGUGCUUAGGGCCGAGACGGUAAAGGUCGAGGGGAGGAAGGCGUGGGUCGAGGGACGGUUGGAGACUUUGGGGGAGUGGGAAGGGGGCGUUUGUGUCAAGGAGGGGACUGUGUUGACAAGGGGGGAGGCGUUGUUUAUUGAGCUAAGGCAGGCGAAGCAGAUGGCCAGGGUUGUGAAUUAG